AGUUAGAGAGUUCUACUUCACGGCCCAUAACUCCGGAUGUUUUUGUCACAAAGCACUGCACUGCAGACCACCGUGUAAGAAUUUCAUGAAAAAUGUUACAAAUGAAGAUGUAGCAAAGAGAAAUCAGGAAGCCAGCUGCCUGGAGAUGAUCAGAUUGAAAUUGAUGAUAAACAGAGAUACCUAAGUCACAUACAGGUAAGUACAGUGCCUCAGCUGCCAUGAGUUGAUCUGACAGAGAGUUGUGAUGGCAGGCUGUGACAUACCCGGUGCUUGCUAUCAUGACUACGCUAACGACACAGCUCUGUCUCUGUCACUCAAACAGUUUCAGCUGUCCAAAAACAUCGUAUGCCAGAAGUGUGGACAGUUCCAUGAGCCGUACGGGACUCAUCUUUAUGACUACCACCAAGCCGUGGACGAAGAUCUCAUGUGUCAAAUCUGCCUUCAGCCUUUGGUGAACCCUCUGGACACUAAAUGUGGCCAUACCUACUGCUCAAGGUGCCUGAAGAACUACCUCAAAAUCCAGCGACAGUGUCCCGUGGACAGACAGCCCCUGGCCGUUCACGAUGUCCAGUCCUCCAGUAUCUUAGUACGCCGGUUACUGGACAAGCUUUUGGUGGUGUGCCCCAAUGUGGAUUACUGUGAGGAGGUUCUGCCCCGCUGUGAACUUGAGGCCCACCUUCUCCACCGUUGUCGGGGGGCCGUCACUAAGUGUAUCAAGGCCACACUGGGCUGUACCUUCCAGGGCCCCCGCAGUGCCCUACAGAGCCACCUAUGGGAGUGUCAGUUCAGAGACCAAGAUGGAGGCAAAAAUCCAGUCCUGGAUGGGGAAGUGUCAACUAUUGAAAUCCAGAGAAGUCAAGCAGACCUUGGUAUCAGUAUUGUAGGAGGAAAUGACACUCCUCUAGGAUGCAUUGUGAUACAGGAAGUAUUUCCUGAUGGGGUUAUCGCUAAGGAUGGACGACUGAUGCCUGGGGACCAGAUACUAGAGGUGAAUGGUGAAGAUCUAACCCAGGCUUCUCACUACAAAGCUCAGCAGUUACUGGGACAUUACUACCCUGUUUGUCGCUUCACUCUAUACAGAGAAAAGGCCGAGGAAAAUCGACCAAUAGAAAAAGAAGAGAUACUGAAAAUAACAUUGAACAAAGUCAAAGGGAAGCAACUUGGAAUUAAACUUGUUGGGAAAAGGAUUGGUCCAGGGGUGUAUAUCCUCAAUCUAGUCCCAGAGAGCCUUGCAGCAUUAGACGGCCGAUUAAGACCGGAUGACAGGGUGCUAGAAAUAAACGGUGUAGACGUAUCGUAUGGGACACAAGAACAGGCAGCUCAGGUUAUUCAGACAAGUGAGGACAGGGUCCAGUUUGUGAUAUCUCGGUGCAGUCGUCCUCAGACACCGGAUCUCAUUAGGUCUACAGCAGAUAAUACCGUUGUUCAUCCUAACUAUGAAAACCAUUCACCGUACAGCAGUCUGAGUGGGCAGCAAGGGGAGAAACUUGUCACUGUAUCCAAGGACGCUCAGGAAUCUCUGGGAAUCAGUGUGGCGGGGGGAGUUGACAGCCCCCGAGGAGAUACCCCCAUAUACAUCACAAACAUCAACCUGACAGGAUGUCUGGGCAAAACUAAACAGGUCAAGAAAGGAGACAUUUUGUUGUCCAUAAAUGGAAAGAGUUUGCUCGGCUUGAGUCAUAACCAAGCAGUUAAUCUGGUGAAACUAAACACAGAAGCCAAGGUCGUCUGUUUGAAGGUCAUUGAGGGGUCUGAAACCUCGUAUGGACAGGGAAACUUCACACCUACAUGGCUGUUUUGGCAGAAAGUUCCAAGUAUCUGUCAGACCAUUAAGACUGUGACCUUAUUAAGGAGUCCCAGCGGUAGCCUUGGUUUCUCAUUGGUUGGAGGUUCAGACAAGGACACAGGACCACAGGUGCCUGUCCAUGUCAAGUCUGUUGUCAUGGAAACUCCAGCUGCCAAAGAUGGCAGACUAAAAUGUGGUGAUAUUCUUUUGAGUGUAAACCAGCAUUCCUUAGUGAACAUAACACAUUCCAGGGCCGUGGAUCUCCUCAAACAAGCUGAUGGUGCUGUUACAUUAACUGUUGUCUCAUGGCCAGGAACCAUUGUAUGACACAGAUACAAUUUGUAACACAAAAUUUCAUUUGUCUGGUACCAUUGUCUGACACACAUGCAUUUUGUUAUACAAAAUCUCAUUGGUCAAACAGCAUCCAACAACAAUUUUUAUUGUGCUGUACAUCAACGAAUUUCAUUGGUUGAAAAAAUGUAAAAAAAAAAAUCACUGAUUUAUGCAGCUUGGUACAGAAUGUUUUAUUGGUUAUUGCAGCACCUUAUAGGUGUACUGCUGCUGUAAGACUGACCUUUGAUUCUAUAAUGGAUGGCAUCUGUAAUGUGUAUGUUGAAGUAGUAUUAACUUUCAAAGUUAUUGAUUGUAUGACAUUUGAUGAAAUGUGAUGCUUCAACAGCUACUUUAAUUAAUCUCUGUGAUUAGAUUCAUUUGUUAAGACUCUUCUGUGACAGAAGGAUUCAAGUUUAAUGAAGAUUCUCAUAUUAAUGUUGAUAUUUAAUGAAGAAUGGACAUUUGUUAGUACACAUGAAUGUAUGCAUUUCAGCACAACCUUCAAAAGGAAAUGUUUGAUGUCUGUUCUGUUUCCAAAGAUUUUAUCUUUGUUCUAGAUGAAAUAUAAAAUUAUAUGAUAUCAUUCCCCUUUAAAGUUAACACCACUCUGUUAAAAUUUACUGCAGGAAUUCUGUUGCCUUUCUAGUCUUUCUGAGCCCAGGACUCAAGUCAGUUGUUUUUGGUCAAAGACUAUUCCUAUUGUAGUCUGUCUGUGGAUUUUAUGUCAUCUGUAAAGUUUUCUUAUAAAGUUUCUUUUACAGACCUACACACAAAAUUUCUACCAAACUUGUCAGAAAGCAUCCUUUAAUGAAGGGAAUUCAAGUUUGUUUUUUUUUCAAAUUAAGAACAAUGUCCUCUCUCUCAAAGGGAGGUAAUCUUCUUCUUAAGAAAACCAUGAAAACCAUGAAAUAUUUAAAUGCAGGCAUCAUCCUUAUGGUAGUGUAUAUCUUUUUUUAAUCACAACACCCAGGAAUCGGCUGGGGCUACAAGUUUUUUUUAAAUUAUAAGAAAUAAAACGGUAUUCAUUUUUCCAUUUAAAGAAGACAAUGGAGACUUAGUCUAACACAUGAUCUUUUUUCCUGCAAUAUUUGAUUUAUCUUUUAAGUCAUUGAUAAGAUUUUUAAUAAAUAAUUUUUUUUAAAUUUUUAUCUAAGUUUUAAAUGAAUAAGGUAUCACAUUUUCAAAAUGGUACUGUAUUUGUAUUAGUUGUUAAUGACCAUACUACAUCUGAUCUUAUUGAACCUUUGCACAAUCUGAGCACAAUAUUUAUGCAAUGUUCAUUAUUCUAGUCAUUACAUAUAACCUUUCAUUGUUUAAUUUCUAUUUUGUCUUAAGGUUCAUAAACCCUCUGCUCACUCAUAUAAAAUGUUGCUUGAACCUUCAGAUUUUC